AUGCUCCCACGAUCGUCGGGAACAUUUUCUCCCACUCCUCCGCAAGGCCUACAGACAGGAAUCUCCCACUCCCCACAUCCGUCGCAGGCAGGUGUGCUGAGUGCGGGUGCCAGCCCGAGUACCAGCAGCCCCACUGGGAACUACGCCGUGUCCAAGAUCACCAUCGCCCAGGUCUAUGUGCUCUUGAGCACCCUGAAGGCGAAGAAGGACGACCCGGCCGAGUACGAAAACAAGGUCAAUCGGCUCAAUAAGCUCAUCGAUGAAAACGGUAUGGAGGUCUUUACGAAAUACUUCACCAAGCUGGUGCAUACCAGCGCGUCCCAGAUUUUCCCAGGCACGAGUCGACCGAUAGGUAGCGCGACGAAUACCGGCAGUUACUCGCUGCUCCUGGAGGAGAUGCGCAAAAUAUCUCACGAUGUGGAUCAAGCGACAAAAAUCUCCGAGUCUAUCGAGACAGGGACAGAGGACAUCUUCCGCGACUUCGACCUCUCUACCUUCAUGGAGCAUUUCAGAUUGGACGCCCUAGAGAAGACAAUAUUAGCUCUAGCAUUCAAGUUGGGCAGCCGGCCUGAUUUGAAGACAAAAGCUGAUGCCAUUCUCUCCACCAACUUUCCCACCUUCAACGCCAUCCUGUCGCAACCGGACGGAGACCAUUCCGACCUGAGCCCUCACUUCAUUUCUGUCAUCAUCGAUCGCCUCAUACAAUACCAUCCUCCGAACUUCAACUCCGCGACACACAGGGAGCUGUCCUCCAAAGUCGAGACUAGAUAUGUUCAGCUCGAUAUGGCGACUCCUUCCGAAGCACUGGCCGCCCUAGACCUCCACAGGGUUCUUGUGGACAAGCCACCCAAUGCGUUGGCCUUGUACAUCCAAAAGGUCGGUCCUGACUUCACGCGAGACGAGGAAUCCUGCGUUAGGCUCUUGCAGGAACGGCCCCCUUCUGUCCAGCUGAGCGCGGAACAAGUUUCGAAUGCACUUUGGUACACUGCCAUCAGCCAAACCCCAGAGCAAAGCCCAACCGUCCUCGUCGCUGGUCUUCGACGGACCCUGCCCCAGGGCUUUAGAUGGCAGGACGUGCUGUCGUACUUUGAUCAACCCAGUGCCCGGAUAUCUCCUCCGCAAUUCCUACGCCUGUAUAGAGCCCUGCAUGUGGUUGCCCUGGAAGAUGAUGGAUCCAAUUUCGACAUUCAGAGCCUCUGGGGUGGAAACUGGGCGAAUGCAGAUGCCCACCUGUCUUUCGUCUGUGCCUUUGGCAGUCUUACACCAGAAGAGCUGGACGCUACUACGAUACCCGGCCUCCGACCAGCGUUCACCUUGGCCGAGUACGCGCAAUCUCCGGCACCUGUGCGCGAAAGGGCGGCUUACGCGGUCAGACACCCUCUGGUCUCGGUUGACGCGCUUGCAGCUGUCUUUGGUGUCGCUCUCAGCUCGCAGCAUGCUUCACAAACCACUGAGGCCAAACGCUUGUUCAACGAAGUAGUGGUGCCUAAUCUAGACAUCUUUGUUGUCUCCGCUUUUGGUGUGCCAAAGCCAUGGCCUGAAAUGGCGAACGACACCUUGACGACUCUGUUUGAAACCUUCUUGUUCAAGCAGCAGGAAGGUUAUCAAUUCGCCCUCGACAGCCUCUGGCGGAAAGACAAGGACUUUGUGAAGCAGAAGAUUGGUGAGGCGCAUGUACGACGACCCAUGGACUUGCCGCUGUACCUUGAGCAUGCCGAGUACCACGGCUGGCUGGAUGAGUUCGCGUAUGAGUUCAGUGGAGUUGGCUUGGAUCUCGCGGCUUUUGCACACGGGCAAGGCCGGUUCGAUAUGGACCAGUGGAUAAGAACAAAUGCCACGAGGGGCGCCGAAGUUGUCAGAUCUCUCCUCCAAUUUGUUACCAUCAAAGCGGACUUGGAGACAAGAUACCAGCGACAACAAGGGGGACAGGGGCUUCUUAGAACGACGCCACUUCAGGUGAAGACAGUGUACCCUUUUCUGGGCUUUCUAAACGAGUUCUGCACUGCCGAGCUGCUGCAGGAAUGGAGGGAGUGUCAGCGGCAGUGCACGAUUGCCUACCCACGCCUCAUCAACUACGGCGGCGCCUAUGAUGCCAUAAUCGACUUGAAUGGCGCAGAUGGCAACAAUCUUCCUCUCGCUGCCAUUAGUAGGAUGGAAGAUCAUUACAAGAGCAUGUAUAGCGGAGAGACUCAGGUUAGGGACAUCGUGGAGGCUCUUGAGCGCUACAAGCAUUCCCGUGACCCUCUCGACCAAGACAUUUUCGCCUGUAUGAUCCAUGGCUUGUUCGACGAGUUCGUGCAUUACCCCAGCUACCCCAUCGAUGCACUCGCGAGGACCGCAGUUCUGUUCGGUGGCGUUAUCUCCAGAAAGCUCAUCGAUGGCACGCCCCAACAGGCUGGGCUUGAGAUGGUAUUGGAAGCAAUCAGGGAUUAUCCUCCCGAGCAAAACAUGCACAAAUUUGGGCUGCAGGCCUUGAUGCAGCUCUAUCCCCGCUUUCCAGAAUGGCCAAGUUUCUGUCGGCAGCUUCUUCAGAUUAGUAGCCUGCAAGGCACUGAGGCCUGGAGAAAAGCAGAGAUUGUGGUCAGGGAGCAGGAAGAGGAUGCAACUCAUCAGCGCAAUGGCGGGGACGCUGCUCUCAACCAUGAUCCUCUCACGAACGGCAAUGUGGCUGAAGCCAAUGAACCGCAAUUCGCGCCCUUUUCCUCCAUCAACGUGGACCCUGUCCCUGUCAGCGCUGCUUUCGAAGACCCAACAGGUGAAAACCAGGACAAGAUACAGUUUGCGCUGAAUAAUAUGGACCAGGCUUCAUUGAAAUCUCGAUUCGACACAAUUUACGAGUCCCUCGAGCAGAAGCACCAGCAGUGGUUUGCCACUCACCUGGUUCGUGAUCGGGCAAAGGUGCAGCCCAAUCUCCACCAAAUGUACCUCGACGUGGUGAAGCUCUUCGAGGACAACAUUCUUUGGAAUGAAGUCCAGAGGGCGACUCUGAGUUGCGUGGCUCAAAUGCUGAACUCAGAAUCGACAAUGCAUAGCUCCACCGAGCGAACCCAACUGAAGAACCUCGGUGGUUGGCUAGGCAUGUUGACCCUAGCCCGGGACAAGCCUAUCAGGCACCGAAACAUUGCCUUCAAACAACUACUCAUCGAGGCACAUGACACGAAGAGACUGAUAGUCGUAAUUCCCUUUGUGUGCAAGGUACUGGGCCAGGGCGCGUCAUCGGUCGUGUUUCGUCCGCCGAAUCCAUGGCUGAUGGACAUCAUCCACCUACUCAUCGAACUCUACCACAACGCAGAGCUCAAACUAAACCUCAAGUUCGAGAUCGAGGUACUCUGUAAGACCUUGAGUCUGGAUCACAAGAGCAUUGAGCCAUCAGGCGAGAUUUUGAAUCGGGUCAUCGCGGAGGAGGCUGCCCAGGUCACUGUGGCAGAUGGGCUGGAAGCAUUCGACAACUUAUCUCUGAAUGGGAUCGGGCAAGGGGUGGUCAGCAAUCUUUUGCCUCAUGCUGUUGCACCAACAAUUCCCGAUCUGCAUUCACGUCUCAACAUCCCUCCGGCGAACGAGAUGGUUGUGAGCAACAGCCGUUUGCGUGAUAUUGUCCACACGGCAUUCAAUAAGGCUCUGCAAGACAUUAUUCAGCCUGUUGUCGACAGAUCCGUCACCAUUGCUGCCAUCAGCACGCAUCAAAUGAUUCGCAAGGACUUCGCUACAGAGCCUGACGAGCAUCGCAUCAGGAACUCUGCCAUCAGCAUGGUAAAAGCCACGGCAGGCAGCUUGGCUCUUGUUACUUCCAAGGAGCCGCUGCGUGCUAACUUCACCAACUACAUGCGCCAGCUCUCGACUGACUUGCAGGGUGGCCUGCCUGAGGGGACAAUCAUCAUGUGCGUUAACUCAAACCUUGAGCUCGCCUCCAGCGUGAUAGAAGAUGCCGCCGAGAGGCGUGCGAUUCCGGAGAUUGAAGAUUUGAUCGAGCCUGAGCUGGAUGCUCGCCGGCGCCAUCGACUGCAGAGGCCCAAUCAGCCCUAUGUCGAUGCUUCGCUGAACCGAUGGGCCAUGACAAUGCCAGAUCCCUAUAAGAUGGCCCCUAGUCUGACUGGCCUGAGUCCGGAGCAAAUGGCGAUUUACGAAGAGUUCCAGCGGCAACCACGGCCAGCCACGACCACCACGACUCCUUCCCACAUCGCCUCAACCUCUGACGCGACGAGGUCGAUGGCCAACGAGAUUCUCCAGGAUCAGUACAGUUCUGUGCCUUCUGUCCCGACGCCAGCGGAAACACCUGCCAUGCCUCCACUGGCUGGACACUCGCAGAACUACCCUCAUGCCCACUCGGGCUUGACAAAUGGACGACAGCCCGCCCUUAGCCAGGUUGACGCUAGAGUACUGGUCGAGCGCGUCAGUAAGCUCCUUUUUGAACUGCAGCGUGCAGCAACGGAGGCACCCGAGGAGCAUUACGAGGAUCUGCCAAGGGGGCAUACAGUCCUGGACACGAUGGAUCUGCUCAUUUCUAAUGUGAUCAAAGCGCGUACAUCGACAACCGACGAUCCCACACCGCACGUCGUUGAGCAGAUCUGCAACGUUCUCCUCGGCCCAUUAGAGGACAGCCUUGCCAUCGAGACUUUUGCUCACGCCCUCAGCACGAUUCGAAGGAUGGGAGGCCCGGUCUUGAGCGACUUUGCUGUGCAACUCUUCCGGCGCCAAGAUGGGUCCACGUUUCUGCGUCUUCCAAUCAUCAAGGCUUUUAUUGGAACCGAUCUGCUCGACUGGCGCACCUUGGACGAAGCCCUUUCCACAUCCAUCAGGUCGCAAGAAGAGGGAAGUAUUCAGAUGCUGGAUCAAAUCAUUAAAGCGACCGUUCUAAGCGAGACACCGAUGGCGCUGUUUGCCAACUUGAGCUCCAGCCUGGAUGUUGCUUACGCGUGGAUCGUUGCGGAUCCUGAUGUGCCAGGGGGCGAGGAAUUGAAAGCUACACUGGACGCUGCUCGCGAGGCGCGCAGUCAAGUCCAAAAUCGCGAGCAGAUCGAAUAUGUGUUCGACGAAUGGGUGUACCGCUUCCGAAACACCCCGGUGACUGAUAAGCUCGCGCGCAAUUUCGUGAAGCAGUUGAACGAUCACGGCAUCGUGAGGUCGAAGGACGACCUGUUAGUGCUCAUUCGCGUUGCCCUGGACAGCUCCGUGGUGCAGUUCGAAGCCGCCAUUGCCUCUGGCAGCAGCAUUGAUGAUGGAUAUAUCUGGGUCAACGCGCUGGCAGCCCUAAUUAUGGCGUUUGUCAAAUCCACCGGUUUCGACGAUACCGAUCCGAAGUCGAGCCCAGCAUCGCUGCUCGCCUCCGUUUGGGCGCUUGCUACCAUGGUCCUCAACGAUCACGCGAGGAAGCGCGGGGAGCUCUUCAACCAGCGAGUCUUCUUCCGUUUCUUCUCUCAACUCUUGCAUGAAUCCGGAGCAUUCUUCGAGCAGCUGGGCCAACCUCAUCGGGACGAGAUGCUCUUGAAAAUUGCGCCGCGGCUCUCCGCUCUUGGACCUUCGAUGUUUCCAGGCUUCUUCUAUGGCUGGCUUGGCCUGAUCCACCACGCAGCUUUCCUCCCUGCCAUCAUGGAUAUGGAGGGGGAAGCUGGGUGGGCACCGUACACGAAGCUCAUACAGCAACUGCUGGAGUUCGUGGGUGAACAGCUGAACACGGCCCAACUGCCUGACGUGAUCCACAAGCCUUACGAGGCCGCCGUCAAACUAUUGAUAGCGUUGCAGCAUGAUUAUCCUCAGUACGUGGCGACCAACUCAACAGCACUUUUAGCAAGCAUCCCACCGCACUGCACUCAGCUCAUCAACACAAUACUGUUUGCUUCUGUCAGCAAGAUGCCGGACCCUAUGACGGCAGGCUUGGAUGCUGCUGGCAACCAGACUGGGCCUUCACACGAGGCUGGAAACCCGGCUGGCUUCCUCCAGAGCAUUGGUCUCCUCGAAAUCCUCAACUCAGCCCUGGAGAAUGGUCCUUCGGAAGAUGCUGUGGCUCACAUGACACAUGCGAUCACGCGAGGAGAUGGGAGGACGGGCUUCGGCCCUACCCGCAUUAAUGCGAACCUAGGGGUUAUCGAAGCAAUCACGGCGUACAUCGGCAAGCACGCGGUGCAGCGCGCCGAGGCAGGGCAGGCGGCAUUUGAGCCUGGCUCGUCAGGCCUCGCGACGCUGUCAAUGCUCGUGCACGAGCUCGCGGCGGAGCCGCGGCACUUCUUGCUCUUGAGCAUUCUCAACCACCUGCGCGAGCCGAACGCGGACAUGGAGUUCUUCAGCAAGUCCCUGCUGGAGAUAUUUUCUCACGACCUGUCGGACCCAGAGGAGACAGAGAUCCGCGAGCAGAUUGCACGGGUGCUUUUGGAACGGCUGAUUGGAUUCUGGCCGCAGCCGUGGGGCUUGCUGAUCACCGUAGUGGAGCUGGUCAAGAACGACAAGUACAUGUUCUUCGAGCUGCCGUUCAUCAAGCAGACGCCCGAGGUCGCCCAGCGCUUUGCGGAGAUAGUGACUGCGCAUAGCUAG